CGGCUCGCCCACCGAGCCCCGCGACAUCCAGGCGAGCACAGCUCCCUCACACGGUUCCCGGGAGCGCCAGGCCUCGGCUCGGGCGCACCGGACGCCGCGCCGUGCGCCACGUGAGGCGGAGCCCGGCCCCCCGAGCGGCGCGCGCACCCGGCGCCGACCAUCGCGUGACUCGGCGGGCGCGAGGGGGUGAGCGCCCGGGCCGUACCGGGCCGCGCCGCGCCACUUCCGACGCGGCGCUCGCUUCAGGUUCCGGGGCGAGCCGCCUCGGCUCGCGGGCCCGGGAUCCGGCGGGAUGGAGGAGGCCGCGCUCGGGGAGGCCGAACUCAACUGGUCCCGCCUCAGCGUGUCGGCCGAGGCGUUGGAGUCGGAGCUGGAGGCGCGCGCCGAGGAGCGGCGCGGCGCGCGCGAGGCGCUGCUGCGGCUGCUGCUGCCCUACAACCGCCUGACGUCGCUGCCGCGGGCGUUGGGCGGCGGCUUCCCGCACCUCCAGCUCCUGGACGUGAGCGGCAACGCGCUCACGGCGCUGGGGCCCGAGCUGCUGACGCUGAGCGGCCUGCGCACGCUGCUGGCCAGGAACAAUCGACUCGGCGGCCCGGGCUCGCUGCCCAAGGGCCUGGCCCAGUCGCCGCUCUGCCGUAGCCUCCAAGUGCUCAACCUCAGCGGCAACUGCUUCCAGGAGCUGCCCGCCUCGCUGCUGGAGCUGCGCGCCCUUCAGACCCUCAGCCUGGGCGGCAACCAGCUGCAGAGCAUCCCCGCCGAGAUCGAGAACUUGCGGAGUUUAGAAUGUUUAUACCUUGGAGGAAACUUCAUUAAAGAAAUCCCACCAGAAUUAGCAAAUCUGCCUUCUCUGAAUUACUUGGUGUUGUGUGACAACAAGAUCCAAAGUGUGCCUCCCCAGCUCUCACAGUUGCAUUCGCUUCGAUCCCUCAGUCUGCACAAUAACUUGCUGACAUACCUGCCUCGAGAGAUCCUUAAUCUUAUUCACCUGGAAGAGUUGAGUUUACGAGGAAACCCGUUGGUUGUUCGUUUUGUUAGAGAUUUAACGUAUGACCCUCCGACUCUUCUGGAAUUAGCUGCAAGAACCAUUAAGAUCCGAAGUAUUUCUUACACUCCCUAUGACCUUCCUGGAAAUCUUCUUAGAUACUUGGGUUCAGCCAGCAACUGUCCAAACCCAAAGUGUGGUGGAGUCUAUUUUGACUGUUGUGUCAGACAGAUUAAGUUUGUGGACUUCUGUGGGAAGUACCGUCUCCCCCUCAUGCACUACCUGUGCUCUCCAGAGUGCUCCUCCCCCUGCAGCUCUGCCUCACAUAGCUCCACCUCCCAGAGUGAAUCUGACUCAGAAGAUGAAGCCAGUGUUGCUGCACACAGAAUGCAGAAAGUCCUUCUUGGUUGAGCAGCAGUGGGUAUUGAAAAAUAUUAAAACACUGAGCAGAAAUGACUAAAAAGGAAAUGGGUCUUGAAGUUGAUUGGAGACCUGAGCGUUUUCAUCUUGAGUGUCCAUGUGUGAAAGACCUGCCAUGAUGUGAAAGAAAGGUUUUGCAUUCUGUCUACACAUUCGGCAGGAAUGAGUCCAGUUCCCUGUUUAGAUUCUUUGAGUGUGAAUGGCAGUUCAAAAUUCAGCUGAUCGGUCUUAAUUUUCAUGUAAGUCUUUGAAGAAACACUAACAGGAUGGCUCAUUCUGAAGACAGGCAUGCCUGUAAGCAGCCGGAAGUGGGAUCACCUGGGACAGCUGAGUUGCAUAAAAACAUCAUCACAGUUCUGUUACCAGGGUUGUCCUGGUUUAUGCUGAACACUAUACAUAAAAUGAGCCUUCUUCUUGUGUUCUUGUCCUGGACUAUUGAAAGCCUUUCUGACCAACUAACUGGACAGUAAGGACUAUGACUUUUAAAUGGAAGAUUAAACCAGCUCUUGUUUUGUGUGUUUGUUACUAACUUUAUAUAGUCUAGCAGUGAUAUGUUAUAAUAGUGCCUUAAUCCUAGCAAGAUUAUGGAAGCCUAUUAUAGAAAUUAGUUCAGAACAACCUACAACCUGACACUGUGUAAAACACUUGGAAAUAUACUUUAACCAAUUAGUUGAACAAUUGUAUAGAUAACACCUGGGUUCUGAGGGCCUGGAACUCUGUAGAAUGGGCUGCUCUGGAACUCAGAGAUCCACCAGGUGGGAGAUCUUCCAGGUGGCAAUUCCAGGGGUCCUCCACCUCCCUAGUUGCUGAGAUUACAGGUGUACACUACCAUCUGCUUCCUGCUUCCAUGUCCAUCUUAACUUCAUUUUUGUUUAUUACAAUGAUCUCUUCUAAGUAAACAGCUUUUACACUUAAUGAGAAUGAGAGGCUAAAGUCUUGAUCUGUCUAUUCAAAAGACAGAAUAAUAAUUUUGGACCAAAAAAAAUCUAGAUGAUGGAGUCCGCAUCCACCCGAGAGCACAGCCUCCUUGCAGCUCCUCCGUUGCUGGUCCACACCCCCAGUUCGCCAUGGAUAAUGAUAUCGCUNCGCUCGUCGUCGACANNNGCUCCAGCAGAUGCAAAGCCGGCUUCCCCUCCAUCGUGGGCCGCCCUAGGCACCAGGGUGUGAUGGUGGGUAUGGGUCAGAAGGACUCCUACGUGGGUNAUGAGGCCCAGAGCAAGAGAGGCAUCCUGACCCUGAAGUACCCCAUUGAACAUGGCAUUGUCACCAACUGGGACGACAUGGAGAAGAUCUGGCACCACACCUACAAUGAGCUGCGUGUGGCCCCUGAGGAGCACCCUGUGCUGCUCACCGAGGCCCCCCUAAGGCCAACUGUGAAAAGAUGACCCAGAUCAUGUUUAAGACCUUCAACACCCCAGCCAUAUACGUAGCCAUCCAGGCUGUGCUGUCCCUGUAUGCCUCUGGUCGAACCACUGGCAUUGUGAUGGACUCCGGAGACAGGGUCAUCUACACUGUGCCCAUCUACGAGGGCUGUGCUCUCCCUCACGCCAUCCUGCGUCUGGACCUGGCUGGCCGGGACCUGACAGACUACCUCAUGAAGAUCCUGACUGAGUGUGGCUAUGGCUUCACCACCACAGCUGAGAGGGAAAUCGUGCGUGACAUCAAAGAGAAGCUGUGCUAUUUUGCCCUAGACUUCGAGCAGGAGAUAGUAACUGCCACAUCCUCUUCUUCCCUGGAGAAGAGCUAUGAGCUACCUGACGGCCAGGUCAUCCCUAUUGGCAGUGAGUGGUUCCGAUGCCCUGAGGCUCUUUUUCAGCCUUCUUGGGUAUGGAAUCCUGUGGUAUCCAUGAAACUACAUUCAAUUCCAUCAUGAAGUGUGACGUUGACAUCCGUAAAGAUCUAUGCCAACAGUGCUGUCUGGUGGUACCACCAUGUACCCAGGCAUUGCUGACAGGAUGCAGAAGGAGAUUACUGCUCUGGCUCCUAGCACCAUGAAGAUCAAGAUCAUUGCUCCUCUUGAGCACAAAUACUCUGUGUGGAUCGGUGGCUCCAUCCUGGCCUCACUGUCCACCUUCCAGCAGAUGUGGAUCAGCAAGCAGGAGUAGGAUGUGUCCAGCCCCUCCAUCGUGCACCGCAAAUGCUUCCAGGCGCACUGUUACUGAGCUGCGUUUUACACCCUUUCUUUGACAAAACCUAACUUGCACAGAAAAAAAAAAA